GGCGUGGGCGACGGGAAGCCAGGAGAAAGAACAAGAGCGACCGGAUAGUUUUUUGGAGAAAAUGGCGAUGGCGGGGCAGGUGCGAGAGGCAGAUGACACCACACAUACCUUCUGCUGCGGAGCCCUCAAGGGCUACUUCGCCAUAGACACUACUAAGCCUGCCCACUACAAGUGGUUGUUGGUGGUGACGGUGGCGCUGCUGUACAACUGGGUGAUGAUCAUCGGGAGGGCGGUGUUCUGGGAGCUGCACAACCUCAGCCCGGCCCUCUGGCUCUCCUGCGACUACCUCUGCGACGGCGUCUACCUCGUCGACAUGGUCAUCAGGGCACACGAAGGUUACUUGGAGCAGGGUCUGAUGGUGAAAGAGCCGUCGAAGUUGCGAAAGAACUACGUGAGGUCGCUGGGCUUCCGGCUAGACCUGGUAUCUAUCUUUCCUACCGACCUGGUCUACUUUGCCACGGGUUCUAGCGUCGACAAGAACGACCCACACCGCCUACUAGUCCCUGGUCCUGUUCUCGUCCGGAUCAACAGGCUCUUGAGGAUCCCGAGGAUGAGAGAGUUCUUUGACAAGACAGAAACGCGGACCAACUUUCCAAACGCCUUUCGGAUCUGCAAGGUAGUGCUGUAUAUCCUCAUUAUCAUCCACUGGAAUGCCUGUCUCUACUUCGCUAUAUCCUAUGCCAUUGGAUUUGGCAGCGACGGCUGGGUGUACAAGAACAUUACCAUCGGGAGGAAUGGCAAAUUCUCUCACCAAUACAUCUACAGCUUCUACUGGUCGACACUGACACUGACGACGAUUGGGGAGACUCCUCAGCCUGAACGCGAUGAGGAGUACCUGUUCGUGGUAGUAGACUUCCUAGUGGGAGUUCUCAUCUUCGCCACCAUCGUUGGCAACGUUGGCUCCAUGAUCACCAACAUGAACGCUGCCAGAGCCGAGUUUCAGAACCGCAUGGAUGGAGUAAAGCAGUACAUGGAAUUCCGAAAAGUGUCAAAGGACCUUGAGACGAGAGUGAUCAAGUGGUUCGACUACCUGUGGAGUAAUAAGCAAUCGCUCGACGAAGAAGGGGUGCUGAGGUCGCUGCCAGACAAGCUCAAGGCCGAGAUAGCCAUCCACGUGCACCUUGACACACUCAAACAGGUCCGAAUCUUCCAGGACUGUGAGCCAGGACUCUUGGUCGAGCUCGUACUCAAACUCAAGUUGCAGGUAUUCAGCCCUGGAGACUUCGUGUGCCGCAAGGGUGAUGUAGGGAAAGAAAUGUACAUCGUGAAGCGAGGGAAGCUCUCCGUGGUUGGUGACGAUGGCAGGACGGUCUAUGCUACACUCGGAGCUGGCAGUGUCUUCGGCGAGGUGUCAAUCCUGAAUAUCGCAGGGAAUAAGACAGGCAAUAGGAGAACUGCCAACGUCCGCAGUGUUGGCUACUCUGACCUCUUCUGCCUCUCCAAGGAUGACCUUUGGGAUGCCCUAACUGAGUACCCAGAGGCGAAGAAGUCACUGAUGGAGCGUGGUCGUCAGCUGUUAAUGAAGGAUGGACUACUGGAUGAGGAAGGACUUAAGGCUGCACAAGAGCAGCACGAAACCACCAUAGACAAGGUCAAUCGCUUUGAAACAGCCAUUGAUACACUCAACACUCGGUUGGCACGACUCUUGGCGGAGUACUCGAGUGGCCAGCAAAAGAUCAAGCAGAGACUUACCAGAAUUGAGCGCCGCUUUGACUUUGACUCUGACAUGACGAACCCUGCAUCACCUCGGCUCAGUCCUCACUACCCGACUUCUCCUAGGGGCAGUUUGUGCCCGUCUUCAUACCUGCUUGGGGCUGCGCCCACAUCUCAUCGGCAGGAGACCCUUUCAGUUGCCUGCAGUCCCCCUCCCACCGUUGAAGAGACCUAUGCCAAUGCCUCCUCCAUAUUCACCCCUCAGGAUUCCAUCAACCCCAUUCAAAACACUACUGCUAUCCCCAGUUUGCCCCCUGCCCCUAGUGAGACCACAAGGGUUGAUGUUGGUGAUAGACAUCCAUCUACACAGCAGUGUUCGUCCCUACCUUUGCCUACACCCACCAUUAUUGUGCCUCCAUCACCUAUGCGCAGGGACACUAUCUAACAGUUCCCAAAAGUUGUACUAAAUUAUUAUUACAACAUCUGGAAAUUAACUUCCAUAUUUCUGAAAUGCCUAGAAAUUGUUGUAUGCAUAUCUUGUACUUAGAACUAUUUUUGUUAUUAUACUAUCGAAUAUUGUAUUAAAAGCAACCAAAUACUGUAUAUAAUAUAGAUAGAAUUAAUAUUAUUUUACCAAAGCCUACUAUAUAAGGGCCUAUACACUGUGGGCCAUUUAAUAUAUUUUGAUGCUUCCAGACACACAGUCUUAUGGAAAGCAUUGUGAGAAAGACAAAACUUGUCAUGCAGGACUUUGACAAUAUUGUAUGUGCAGUUAUUGCCCAUGUGGCUCGAGUAAUUAGUGAACUACAAACAGUAAUAGCAGAGUAUUACCUCCUUUUUGCAGCAUCUCCUAGAAAACCAGUGUAGAAAUACUAAUUUCUAUAAGGAAAAAUAUAUAUUCUAUACUCAACACAAACUAUUUAGCCAGUAAUUAGGCUAACAGAAAAAAUAUAUAGUAAUUAUUUGUACAAGUGCAGUACUGAAUUAAAGUUUAAGAAUCUAUAAUUUUACGUGAUACAAAUCCAAGUGAUAUGAUUAUUAGUCUUCUAGCACCCAUGUGAACCCUUCAUGAAACAACAACUACUCUUGAAUAUUAACAAGAACGAAAUUAGACUGGCAAGCUCUGAAGACAGUUUAGUCAUGAAGCUGCAGGAAUUCAACAUAAAAAAACCUGUUAUAUGUUCAUUUCUCUGUUGAAGCUUGUACUUUUGACAAAAAUUUAGCUUUUUUUAAAUAGCCUCAAAAGAUUUUAAACUAAAACUGGAUAUUUGGACUGCUUGAAUAUUGAGGAAUAUUUUAUGAAGUAAUCAUGAGCGAGU